AUGGCCAUCAUCAAACUCAGCAAUGGGGGCAGCACCCGCCAGAAGCCAGCGUCGACACCAAUAGAUGUUUUGAUAGUUGGAACUGGACCGGCUGGUGCAUCCUUGGCUUGUUUCUUGGCGUCUUAUGGAAUCCGCGGACUCAUGGUCAGCGCAUCUGCAACGAAUGCCGAUACCCCAAGAGCCCAUAUCACAAACAUGGCGGCCAUGGAGUGUCUCCGAGACAUCGGUCUUGAUGUCGAAUGUAACCGACUGGCGACGAAUGCCAUGAACAUGAUGCACACACGGUGGGCAUACAGCAUGGCCGGAGAGGAAUAUGCACGAAUCCACUCUUGGGGUCAUGACCCCAAACGCAAGGGUGACUACGAAACAGCCAGCCCUUGUGACCCUGUGGAUCUCCCCCAGACCCUUCUCGAACCCAUCCUCGUCAGAUAUGCCACACUAAACGGCUUCAGCUGCCGUUUCGAUACAAAAUUUGUUCGCUUCGAGCAAGGCGACGAAGGCAUGACCUCCACUCUCCGCGAUGACAUUUCGGGAACAGAGUACCAGAUCCGCUCAAAAUACCUAUUCGGCGCCGACGGGGCCCGGAGUGAGGUCUUUCGCCAGCUCAAACUUCCGCUGGAUAUUCGUCCAGACCAAGGUCUUGCUUAUAACGUUCAUCUGAAAGCGGAUUUGUCGAGGUACAUGAAAUACCGGACUGGAAAUCUUCAUUGGCUGUUGCAACCAGAUAAGGAACACCCCUUAUUCGGGUGGGCGUGUAUCGCUCGCAUGGUGAAGCCUUGGGAUGAGUGGCUCUUCAUUGUACUUCCGGAACGAGGAAAGGAGCUUGAUUUCGAGCCUACUCAUGAGCAAUGGCUGGGACGAAUGAAGGAGUUUAUUGGUGACGAUUCUAUUGAUACGGAGAUUCUAGGUGUGUCGAAAUGGCGCAUCAAUGAUGUUGUGGCGGAGAAGUUCUCCGAAGGUCGAGUAUUCUGUCUUGGUGAUGCGGUGCACCGGCACCCGCCGUCAAAUGGCCUUGGAUCCAACACAUGUAUCCAAGAUGCAUACAAUCUGGCAUGGAAGGUUGCGCACGUGCUGAAAGGCCAAGCAUCUCCUUCGAUUCUCGAGACAUACACCGCCGAGCGCCAACCCGUCGGUCGAGGGGUUGUCACACGAGCAAACUCCUCAUUCCGCCAUCACGGGCCCGUCUGGGAAGCGCUCGGUGUGGUAUUGUCAACACCUGAACAAAGACUCGGCGCCUUGAAAGAGCUGAAGGAGCCCUCAUCAAAGGGUCGCGCUCGUCGAGCCGCCCUGCAAGCCGCGAUCGAAGAAACCGAGCACGAAUACCACGCUCUAGGUACAGAAAUGGGCCAGUUCUACCAAAGUACGGCCAUCUACGCCGCGGAUGAACCUACCUCAUUCUAUUCCCCAGAUGUAGUCGCCCAGGACCUCGACCUUACCUUGAUCCGAAGCACGUACCCCGGAUGCCGCAUGCCCCACGCGUGGCUUAAUAAUACCAUUCCCGUCGAACGCAUCUCCACCAUUGACCUCGCUGGAGGUGGUUCAUAUGUCCUGCUGACAGGUAUUGGUGGUGAGGCUUGGAAGGGGGCAGCUGCGCUGAUUGGAAAGGAGCUCGGGGUGACCAUCAAGGCUUAUUCGAUUGGUUUCCGGCAGGACUUUGAGGAUGUUUAUUUCGACUGGGCGCGUGUUCGCAGUGUGGAUGAGACUGGGUGUGUUCUUGUUCGUCCUGAUCGUCAUGUUGCCUGGCGGUGUAAUGAGGUGCUUGGUGAUGAGGCGCCAUGUGCUACCAAAUUGCGGCGAGUUAUGAUGAGCGUGCUUGGCCGGUCCUGA